UAUAAUUCUCUAAUCCUGAGAGACAGCUGGUAUGUCUCCUUAAGCCACAAAAUCAAGGACAACUGUUCCAACCUGUGUAUCUCCCAGAAAGAGAAUCAAGUACAAUCUGAAGAGACUAAAUGGCAUUUUUGCCAACAUCAACUAAGACUCUCUUGGGGCUCUUCAUCUUAAUUCUUUGUGGAUUCCCAGGUGUUUUCAGCAAACUGAAAGAACCCUCUUAUGAAAAGUAUCUUUGUCAGAAGUACCCAAGAGACUAUGGACCUUGCUCAAGGAACUAUGAUCCAAUUUGUGGUAAAGAUGAUGUGACCUAUAUCAAUCUCUGCUUUUUUUGCUGGACAUUUUGGAAUGAAUAUCAAGGAAGAGUACAUUUUAGGAAGUUUGGUCGCUGCUCUCAAAGGGAGACAUAGUUUUGAAAUGACUCUUUGGACCAUUCUAUUCCAUGAACUGACUACAGACAAAUACCUUCUCCUCAACUGGUCUUGCCUGUUCAUCAAUGGUUGUAUGCUAAGCAAAUUACUUUAAGUUUUAUUCAGAAGAAAUCUUUUUCUGAUUAUUACUAUUUUUGAAAUCAUAAGAUAUCAAGUCUAUGUUCAUUCCCUCUCCUGCCCAGACAUACUUAAUUAAAAUGCUAUUUCUGACUAAAGCAUGACCUGAUAGGAGGUCAAAUUUUCUACCUAGGGAUAUGAAGAUAAAAUUGUGCAAAAACUUAUAAUGGAACAUAUGUGAUUUUCCAGAGAUAUGGUGGCAGAUAGCAAUAUUAGAGAGAAAGGGUGCCAUCCUGUAGUUAAAGUGACUAGGACUUAAUUUUGGCUCUGUAAUUAAAUCAUUGUGUAACCUAGGAUAAGUCAUUUCUUUUCUGCAAGCCUCAAUUUCCUUUUCAGUAAAAUGAGGGUGUUCCAGUUAUGACAUUCUAUGUUACAUGUUCUAAAGCCCCUUUCCUCUGUAUAAGUCCUGGGUUUAACAUCAUGACACC